GGUGGGGCCACCCGGAAGCGGAAGAUAAACCCUGAACGCGUGCCUCGGAGUUUCACUUCUGUUAUUUUAAGUAAAUGUCAGUCCCUCUCCUCCUCACUGCCCCUCGCGUCGUCCUCCGCUCCCUCUCCGCUCCUCCUCGUGCCCAGCUUCGUUUCCUCUCCCGCGGACCCCGCGCCGGCUUCCGGGGUCACGCCGCCAUUUCUACCGGCGACAAAGCCGAGACCUUCCGGCGGCUUUGCGGGGCCAGCGACACCCACAGCCGUAGCAGCAUCAUCAACAUCAACAACAGCCGUAGCAGCAUCAUCAACCACAGCCGUAGCAGCAUCAUCAACCACAGCCGUAGCAGCAUCAUCAACAUCAACCACAGCCGUAGCAGCAUCAUCAACCACAGCCGUAGCAGCAUCAUCAACAUCAACCACAGCCGUAGCAGCAUCAUCAACCACAGCCGUAGCAGCAUCAUCAACAUCAACCACAGCCGUGGCAUCAACAACAAUAACAGCAGCAGCAUCAGCAGCAUCAUCAACAACAGCCUAGCAUCAACAACAGCAGCAUCAGCAUCAUCAACAGCAGCAGCAUCAUCAUCAUCAUCAACAACAACAGCAGCAGCAGCAGCAAUAUAACCCAGCUCAUCCACCGAUUCGCGCUUCAUUACCAUUGUCUCGCUAUCCCAUCCACAUAUCAUUCUCUCCCAUUAUUCAUCAUCUGACGCCUUCAUCAUCGUCCGCCUCGCCCCGGCUCUGCGCUGCGAUGUCGUUCAAGCCCAACUCCUCGUCCCCCGCGCCUCUCCCGGUGAACAGUCAAGAGACGUGGUUGGUGAGUGCGGUUGGUCCUGGUUCUCGUGGUCUCCCUGCAGGGGGGGGGGGCGGUGUCCCGUCCCCAGGCCCCGCGGCGCAGCCGCUCCCUCGCCCCCUCUUCAGCGACUACGGCCCCCCCUCUCUGGGAUACCUCUCCGUGGCUGGAGGGGGCCCACAGCAGCCGCCACAGAGCAAAUACGCCGAGCUGCUGGCCGUCAUCGAGGAGCUGGGCCGCGACAUCCGCCCCACGUACGCGGGGAGCAAGAGCGCCACGGAGCGGCUCAAGCGCGGUGAGCACAGCAUCAUGCACGCGCGCGCGCUUGUGCGCGAGUGUCUGGCCGAGACGGAACGAUCCGCGCGUUCCUAAAACAGCGCCCAUCGAGGCAAGGUUCGGCACACACUUGGGUACCGGUUUUCACCGUCUCAACGACGUCUUGCCACAAGCGCCAAUCUAUAAAGGUCUCGGGUGCCCUACCGUCUUAGCGGGAAGUGCACUCGCAGAUGGCACGUGGUACCAGCUCGGAGCUCCUGCAGCCUUGAGAGGCAACUGCCGACCACCGUGGAUGUUGUGUUGAUUAGGGUUGUGUAAUUUAAGCCCGGUCUGUCUCAUUUUUAUACAACACCUUUUGCAAAAUAAAGUAAUACUUUCAAACAUU